CCUCCCUCUGGGGGAAGAGGUAAGCUCCUUAAUCAUCAACAAGAGCUUGCCAUAGUAGAUAUGGUUGUUGCAAAUAACGCAAUUAAACUGCAUGAGAUUCAAAGCAGAAUUUUGGAGGACCAAGAGAUAUUUCACAAUAUCAAUAGCAUCAGCCUCGCAACCAUUACGCGGACAUUGUCCAAACACAGAGUGCGGAUGAAACAGCUCUACACUGUUCCCUUUGAGAGGAACAGUGAGCGAGUCAAGGUGCUACGACAACAAUAUGUCCAGAGAGUUAUGGAAUUGGAGGCCAACCAGGCCCCUCAUGAAUUCGUAUACGUGGAUGAGGCAGGAUUUAAUCUGGCCAAAAGGCGUCGACGUGGAAGAAAUGUCAUUGGAAAAAGGGCCACAGUUGAUGUUCCUGGACAGAGAGGGGCAAAUAUCACUAUGUGUGCGGCAAUUUCAAAUGCAGGAUCACUCCUCCACAAAUGUCAGGUUGGACCUUACAACACCGAGCGCCUCCUUGCUUUUCUCGAUGAUCUCCACCAGCGCCUGGUUCCAGAGCAGGAUCAGGAGGGUGAAAACAGGAGGACCUUCGUUAUCACCUGGGACAACGUGGCCUUCCAUCACUCACAAGCAGUUACAGCAUGGUUUGAGGUCCACCCAAGACUGAUUCGUCUAUUUCUUCCACCCUAUUCACCUUUCCUCAACCCCAUAGAGGAGUUCUUUUCUACAUGGAGGUGGAAAGUCUAUGACCAUCAGCCACAUGACCAGUUGUCCCUCCUUGAAGCCAUGGAUGCUGGCUGCAGGGACAUCACAGUUGAUGAUUGUCAAGGGUGGAUCAGGCAUUCCAAGCGGUUUUAUCCAAGGUGUAUCGCCUUGGAUAACAUCAGAUGCGAUGUGGAUGAAAACUUGUGGCCUAACCCUGAAGAUCGCAGGGAUUAGAUAAAGGAAUUUUGUGCUUUUUUUUAGUUCUCCCUUUUUACUGGGCUUUUUGCUGUUGCUUUUUUGUUCAUGGAUAUUUUGUUAACUUUAAACAAUACUGUAAAACGUUUUCUGUUGUAUCAUACUGUAAACAGUAUUUCUACUAUACC